AUGGAUCGCGUUAUGUGGCUAUCGGCUCUCUUGAUUCUACUAAUAGCCGUAUGCGUUCAGUGUGCAGCUACGCAUAAACACACGCAUACACACACGGCAACCAAGGAACGCACCGAAGACGGAGCGUACGCACCUCGAGAUGCGCAUCAUAUGGAAGGUGGGGAACACUUUGCCGAGUUCGAUCAUGAAGCGAUCCUCGGAAGUGUGAAGGAAGCGGAAGAGUUUGAUAAUCUGUCACCAGAAGAGUCGAAGAAACGGCUCGCGGUGUUGGUGGUCAAAAUGGAUCAAAACUCGGACGGUUAUGUCGAUCGGCACGAGCUCAAAGCAUGGAUUCUACGGUCUUUCAAGAGCCUCGCGGAAGAAGAGGCGUCGGAGCGAUUUGAAGACGUUGAUUUGAAUAACGAUGAAUCGGUUACGUGGGAGGAAUAUCUUCAGGAAACAUAUGGCAUGGAUAGUGAAGAUGAGGAAGGCGUUCGUCUUCCAUUCGAAGAACCCCGAAACGAGGAGGAACGUAAGCUAAUUCAAGACGACAAGGAAAUGUUUGAAGCAGCCGAUACCAACCAGGACGGAAAGUUGGAUUCAACCGAGUUCGUUCAAUUCAUUUCACCGGAAGAGUUCCCCCAAAUGCUACCGAUAAUUCUGCAACAAACCCUGCGCGAUAAGGAUGCGAACAACGACGGACGCAUCGAUUUCCAGGAGUUUGUUGGAGACAAUGCAAAGGAUCAUGACAAGGAAUGGUUGAUUGUCGAAAUGGACAAAUUCAAAGAAGACUUUGAUAAGAAUAACGACGGUUUCCUGAGUGGGAAUGAAAUCCUUUCAUGGGUUGUACCGAGCAAUGAUGAGGUGGCAAGCGAUGAAGUAGCCCACCUAUUUGCUUCCAGUGAUGAUGAUCAUGACGAUCGUUUGUCACAUCAGGAGAUCAUCGAUAAAUACGACAUCUUCGUUGGAAGUGAAGCGACAGAUUAUGGCGAUCAUCUCCAAAACAUUCAUCAUUUCGACGAUGAACUAUAA